UGUGUGUGUGUGUGUGUGUGUGUGUGUGAGACAGAGAGAGAGAGUGAGAGAGAGAGAGAGAGAGAGAGAGAGAGAAAGUUCUGCCCUCUGAGAGAAUCAAGAGCAACAGCUGUUCAGGACAGACCCACCACAGGACAUAGGGUGCAGAGCUGCCAGUAGUGACAUGCUGAGGACUGGAUGACUGUGAUGAAGGAGGGAUGAAGUGCAAAGUGAGUCCCACUAAAUACCUGUUAUUCAGGAAGGGAAUAGAGUAGGAAACUACAGUGGAACUAGGAGGCGCUAGAUGGACAAUUAGAAGAGGAACUGUGACAAAUGAGGAAUGAAACAUAAACGGCAACAGUACCUGAGAGAUAGAGAGAAGUAGAGAGAGACUGAACACCAGAGAGUGCAAUACUGAGAGAGAGAGAGAGAGAGAGAGAGAGAGAGAGAAAGAGAGAAAGAGAGAGAGCAGAAACAAGGGGGUGGGAGACACACCAAAAAAGGGCUUGAGUCAGAGCUGGAAUCAAUGCUUGCUGGACAAGCGCACAGACACCAGGAGAGAAGAAUAACGCAACAAUAGACAGACAGUGUGUGUGUGUGUGUGUGUGUGUGUGUGUGUGUGUGUGUGUGUGAGAGAGAGAGAGAGAGAGAGAGAGAGAGAAACAGACAGACAGACUGACAUUAAAAAAGAACAUGGUGCACUAAGGAUUGGUAAGUGUAUUAAAGUAUGUGCAGUAUGUUUUGAGGUUAGUGGUAGUGUACAGAUUUAUAGGAGUGGGUGAAUAGAGAGUGUACUUGUUGGAUAUAUAUGGGGCUAUGGAAUAGAGCUGCAGCUGAACACAGACCGUAAGCUGUGCUGUGCCACCAUGUCCACGGGCCCCGGGCCCCGAGAGGCCUCCCUACCCAGAGAGAAACUGCUGAAGGAGCCUGGUGUGAUGGUGGGGAGCUCGGCUCAUAGUCCUGUGGGACUACAGACACUUCUCGACCUGCUGGUUGGAGUCUACCAGGAGUUCCAGUCCUCCGAUACAGCCAGAGAUAGAUACAUCAGACGUUUCCUGCAGUGGGCGGAGCCUCUGGUGAGACAAGUGAAGAAGACCCGAAUAAAAAGGGAUGAUUUCAACAUCCUGAAGGUGAUUGGCCGGGGGACCUUCAGUGAGGUUGCUGUUGCUAGGAUGCGCAACACUCAACAGGUCUAUGCACUGAAGAUAAUGAACAAAUGGGACAUGCUGAAGCGUGGACAGACAGCAUGCUACCAGGAGGAAAGGGAGGUUUUGCUAAAAGGGGAUCGUCGCUGGAUCACAGAGUUGCACUAUGCCUUUCAAGAUGACAAUUACCUUUACUUAGCAAUGGAUUACUAUGUUGGUGGAGAUUUGCUGACAUUGCUUAGUAAGUUUGGUGACCAUAUUCCAGAGGACAUGGCUCAGUUUUACUUAGCGGAGAUGGUGAUGGCUAUUGACUCUGUCCACAGACUGGGCUACGUCCACAGAGAUGUGAAGCCUGAUAACAUCCUGCUAACAGCGGAUGGACAUGUGCGACUGGGGGACUUUGGGUCAUGUUUGAGACUGCAGGAUGAUGGCAUGGUUCACUCUUCGCUGGCUGUAGGUACUCCAGACUACCUGUCUCCAGAGAUCUUGCGAGCAGUAGAAGGGGGAGGAGGCUAUGGUAUAGAGUGUGACUGGUGGGCUCUUGGUGUGUGUGCAUAUGAGAUGCUACUGGGGACCACACCCUUCUAUGCAGAGUCUCUGUCUGAAACCUAUGCGAAAAUAAUCCACUUUCAGGAUUAUUUUGAGUUCCCUGCAUCUGCUGUGGAGAUUUCUGAGGAGGCACGCUCCCUGAUCACAGGUUUGCUAUGUGACAGGAACGAGAGGCUGGGUGCAAAUGGCUCUGCAGAUUUCCGGAGUCAUCCUUUCUUCAGUGGACUUGAGUGGAGUGCCUUGCACCAGAUGCCUGCACCCUAUCAGCCUGAAGUCUCCAAUGCUACAGACACCUCCAACUUUGACGUGCUGGAUGACUGCCUCAGUGAAACAGAGACUCUAACUGAUGUAAUGGACAGAGCACCUACAGGAAUUCACCUAGCAUUUGUUGGAUACUCUUAUACAGCUACUAGAGAAACAGGAGCUAUGGACCGCAGCCAAGACAUCAUGAUGGAGAUUGACCAGCAGCCAGUUCUAGAGUCUCUGUACCUGCCGGAGAAACUGAAUCAGUUGUGGCAGCUCAGGGAGCCUCAUGAGAUGUCGACACAGACAGAUUUUCCCCUGGCCUUUGAACACAGUACUGUAGAGCCUUCAACCACAUCAGAUACAGAACAGAGCAAUGCCCAAAUCCAGGAACUGCAGAGGCAACUGAAGGAGGCUGAGAAGAGAAAUGGAGACCUGAAACAAGAAGUACAGACCCUGCUUGACGAGAUCCACAGACUCAAGGUCCAGCAGGUCAAAGAACUGUGUGUGUGCCCAUCACCUGUCUUUCUGCCUGCCUGCUGUGUGGAGCCUUUCAGGGAUAACUCAGCAGUGCCCCCUGCCUGCCAUUACCCACUAGUGAGGCCUCUGCUGCGCCAUCUGCUGCUCUUCCACAGGGUGCGUUGGCCACAGGAGAAGACUGAGUCAUACCUGCUGGUGUGUGCGGAAAGCAGCGAACUCCAGAUGUGGGAGCGCUCCUGCAGUUCUGAGCUCUCCUGAGUGCUGCUGUGUGAAGAGUUGAUGUCAGGUUCUCUUUGUGGGUCCAGUAUGAUUGUCUGACAUUCUCAGACAGCUUGUAUAGUGCAGUCUCUAAAACUCUCCACACCUUACUCUAAGCCACACUGCUGAGAUCCAGCUUGUUGUUAACACCAUUCAGGAGUAUGUGCAACUGAGGUUCAUUCAGUAACAAGUAGCAAGCUUAAUUUGUUAAUGUUUACUUUAUAGGCCUCAUUGAUUUUCAUUGAUUUGGGUUUCAUGCAGGCUGACACUUGAUUGCACUUGUUAAUGAAAAAUGGGUUUAUGGUCUUUCAGUUUGUAUGAUACUCCUUUUUAUACACACUUAAGCUUUUGUAAUGUAAUUUAAACAAGUACCAUCUGAUAUAUCAAAGUGUUUGUGUGUAUCAGGCACUGACACUAACACACUCACAUUAGCUUAGGUACAGACAAAAGAAAAAGAGGAGAGGACAUAGAGAAAGACCACUGAAUCCCAGGUGUGCUGUUAUAAUGCACUGUGUACUUAAAAGAUUUUAUUAUCUUUUGUACAAAGAAAGUAUUAAAUCUAUUGCACAUUAAAAAGCUUUAAAUGUUAGCUAUGUAUUACAUAUUUAUUACAGGACUACUAAGUUUUAUUUGUCCAUAAAAUGCUUACGUGAAUAAUUGCUGUUUAUGGUGUGGCAAAGACAUUAUUAUAUCUUUAUCAAGGUGGUAAUGAUGAAUAGCAAGUUUUUUUUUUUUAUCAAAAAAUAAAAAUUGUGUGCAUCCAAGAUAAUUAUUAAAGCUGACUUUCAAUUUUUUUUUAAUUACAUAGUUGUAAUGCACUGUUUUGGGACAGCACAGUUUAGAUGAAUUAUCUGAAUAAUAUUUUUAGGUUUUUGUUGUAGAAUAUUGGAUCUUGGAUCCCAAAACUUCUUAAGAAAGAUUUUUAUUAAAAUACAAACAUCAUAUACACAUAUAAAAAUAUUAACCAAGGUAUAGUUUAUAUUAACUGUACAGACAUAAUGAACAUGACAUAUUAAAAAGUAGGAAAAUGAAAUGUUUUAAAGAUGGAAAAAACAGUUACAAGAUCUGAUACACUAUACACUGUCCACCCUCACAUACACUAUAUGGCCAAAUGUUUGUGGACACCUGAACAUCACACCCAUAUAUGGUUCUUCCCCAAACUGUUGCCACAAAGUUAGAAGUGCGCAGUUGUAUAGGAUAUUUUUGUAAGCUAUAGCAUUACACUUUCCCUUCGCUGGAACUAAGAGGCCCAAAACCUGAUAGUGGGCCUACAUGAAGCUGCCUGCUCGUGUUAUCAUGUAUGCAGUGGCAGCAGAGGCUCAGAGAAACAGUGCGUUGGGUUUCACAUGUAGAACGCUGUUGUCGGGUAGAGCAUGAAGGGUGAGAUGCGGGGCUGAGUGGGCGUCUCCUGCAUGUGUUUACGGUAGUAUCUUCGCAGUGCUGGACUGUCCGGAUGCCUCUGACGCACGUGCAUGAAGUACUCGUCAGGCCGACUGGAAGUGAAGCCGCAGUCCUCACACACAAAGAUCUUGGAGCGGCGCUGCCGGUACGCGUACUGCUGCCUCACACCAUGGAUCUUGCGCAGGUGAGACUCCAGCGAGCAGCGCUGUGUGAAAGCCUUCUCACACAGCUCACACCUGUAGGGCCGGAUACCUGCACACAGGGGUGUGUGGGUGAGAAACGGAGGGCUUCUAGCAGGAACAGAUCUCUGCAAGAGGUGCGUGUGUAGAGUGUCGUCACCUGUGUGUGUGCGCAUGUGCCUCUUCAGGUCAAAGGUGUCGUUGAAGCCUUUGCCGCAGUACCUGCAUGGGUGCCUCUUGAUAAGGCUGUGGCACUUCAGGUGUCGCGUCAACAUGCGCUGGAGUGGGAAAAUUUUAUGGCAAACAGGACACUGGAAGUCUCCAGAGCUGGGGGCAGAAACCUGUGGACGAGCCGGGGGAAAGAUGUUUAAGUUUAAUGAAAGACACAACAGAUUUGGUCAAACAUUUUUCAGAUUUUUGGAUAAAUUGUAUAUAUAACAUGUCUUCUUAUAAACUGUAAUAAUAAAACUCAACAGAAAAAUAUUUAUUUCAAUGUUUUGUCUUGGCAACUUGGAGAAGAUAUAAGCUCUGCCCACUUGACACAGCGUCGUCAUGUCAUAUAUCAUAAAUGUAAAUUUGUGGAAAAAGUUCCAAUGCAAAAAAUACAUGUAAGAAUUUUAGAAAU